AAAAAAUUGGUACUGGAGGAUUUGGAAAAGUUUAUCGUGCAAAUUGGAGAAAUUCAGACCAAUAUUUAGCGUUAAAAUCCUUUUUCAAUGUUGAUGACGUAAUUGCAAAGAAAUAUCAUAAUAUAUCUCAAGCUUCAACGUGAUAUACAAUUUCAUAAUAAUAUUAUUAAGUUCUAUGGCGUUGCACUAUUUGAGCCAGAAAAUGAUUAAUUCCUUUUAUUCAUUAUUAGAAUAUCAAAAUGUUCAAUCGAAAAAUUAUUUGUUAGUAAUGGAGUAUGCUGAUUCUGGUACUCUCAAAAAUUAUUUAAAGGAAAACUUCAAUAAUUUUACUUGGAACGACAAAUAUAACUUAGCGUAUCAAUUAACUAGCGCCGUAUCGUGUUUACAUAACGAAAGAAUAGUGCAUCGUGAUUUGCACUCCGGUAAUGUAUUGGUUCAUCAAAAUACUAUCAAACUGUCCGACUUCGGGUUGUCAAAAAGAAUCGAAUCAUCAUCCAACACAAAAACUAAAUUUUUUGGAUGUGUUCCUUAUGUCGAUCCAAAAAGGUUUAGCGGACGAAAAAAAAAUAAAAACUCAAAUCAAAUAUGUUCAUUUAAUAAAAAAAGUGACAUUUAUAGUGUUGGUGUGUUAUUUUGGGAAUUGUCUAGUGGUCAACCACCCUUUGCUACUGAAGA